AUGGCUAAAAACAAAUUAAUAAAAUCAAGAUAACUUAGUACCAUUUCUUUGAUUUAUGGAGAUUUUAUGUAGAGUCUUGUAAGGUUUAACUCAACCAAUUCUCAUUCUUCCAUAAGAAUUGUAAGCCCAGAUUAACUAGGUUAUAAUAAUUUUUUGAUUAUCGGGUAUUUUUAACUACCAUAGUAAUGCACAAGUCGAUGUAUGUUAAUAGCUGUUGGAUAACUUUCUUAAAACAAAAUAUAUCUUUCAAUUACUGCUGAAAAAGUUGAUUAGCAGUUUGUUUUAAGAGCUAUGUAUCUAAAUAAUUUAAAAAAGGUAUCUAUUACUCAAAAUUUUUCUAAUUAAUUAGCUAUGAUUGGUUUAUACUAUUCCUAUGACACAAAUGAUGUGAAAAUAAUAAGCAGCUUUGAUUCUACUGUUAAUGUUUCUGGUGGUAUUUCAAGCUUUGAAAUGCCCACAGGUAUAAAUAAUUUAGAUAUUUGCUUAGCCUGCUACUUGAAUAUAGAUAUGUACAAUGAUCCAAUAAAGUAUUAUUCAUCAGUUAAGAUAGUUUAUAAUGUUGAUAUUGAUAGUAUAGAUGGAAAUUAUUUUUAUGAUGAGCUAUCUUAAAUCGAUAACACAGAUAUAUUAAGUACUUCAUUUAGCUACAGUAGCUAUGUCUAAAAUAGUGAAUAUAAAACACCAUAUAAUAAAUGUUCAACGGGAUCUGCCUUUUUUGAAGGUAUUUGCAUAUUGAAAGAACAGUGUUAAAACCUUGAUGUAAUAAAUACUAUUUACAGUUCUUUUGAAUAAGGUAAAUAUUAUAAUUCCUCAAAAAAGCAGUGCUUUAAUUGUGGAAGUAACUGUAAUAACUGUAAUUCUCAGACAUAAUGUACUGACUGUAGAUAAGGAUAUAAUUUAGUCUCUGGUAAAUGUGUAAGAUGUAAUCGCUAAAAUCCUUGUGAUAAUAAUUGUCCUUCAGGUUAAAAAUUUGAUAAAAUAAAUUAAUAGUGUGUGUCAUCAUUUAGCCAAGAUUAAUUCAAAUUAAUCAAUCCUUUGCUAAGCAGCAGAAUUUUUAAUGAUAAUACAGAUAUAUUAGUUACGCCAUCUUAUAAUAUUUCUUAAUCAUUAAUUUUGUGUUAUAUUAAUGUUGAUAAUAACCCCAUUACUCUCUAUUCAUUUUUAGGAGGACCAAUCUUUACUUCUUCUACUAUUUUAAGUAGUUCAUGGGAUUAAGUCCCUUAAGGCUACUAAAAAUUUGUAAAAUUUUAUGUAGUUUUUUAUGAAAAUGGAGGCCCAGAAGAUUUGUAUGUAACAAUAAAUAAAAAAAUGGCUAGUUUGUAGAAUAAUGUUAAAACUAUUUCUUCUAAUUAAGUAUCUUGUGCAGGUAGUGGUGAUCGUAAACAAUCAAUCUAUUAUGUUACUUUUACUCUAAGAGAUACCUCUUCUUAAUUUAACAUAGCUAUAUAAAGCUCAUAAAAUGGAUGGGGAGUAAGAGAGAUUUAAAUAGUAGUUUAUAAAUGUCACCCAACUUGUAGUAAAUGCGUAUCAGGAAACACUAUAUAUGAUUGCUUAGGCUGUGCUCCAAAUUUAAUGCUUAAUAAAAAUUAAUGUGUAUGCUCAUAAGGAUAAUAUAUCGAUGUAGGAAAUUGCUUUGAUGUACCUUGUUCUACUUGCAAGUAAUGCAAUGUUAGUAACUGCACUUAAUGUGAAGAUUUAUCUGGAGAUUGCAUAAUCUGCGAUGAAGGAUAUUUAAUUUAAGAUGGUCAAUGUGUUAAAGCAGAAACAUGCGACAGUCCAGACACAGUUUAUGGCAAAUAUUGUAUUAAAAAUAAUGAUAAUGGGUUUAAAAUGUUUUAAAGUAAUUAAAUAGCAGAGUACUAUCAUUUCUGGAAUACUACUAGCUCAAUAAUUUCUUGCUUGACUAGAUAUUGUUUUGGAAUACGCAAUUAAUAAUAUUUGUAUACAAAACUUUUCAUGUAAAGCUAUAGGAGCUAUCAUUUUUAGGUUGAUAUUACUCUUGAUAUAUUUGCGUUUAAUUCAAUAACUAAAAACGACUAUUUGAAUUUAUUCUUUGAUAAGGAUUUGCUCUUAAAAAAUAGUUAUUAAGAUGAAAAAUAAAAACUCAAAAAUUCUCCAGAUAGUGCAUUUUUUACAGUAACAGUAAGUGAAUAAUUAGAUAACAAUCUCUUUUAUUUUAAGUUUUACUCAGAUUCUAGCUGCUCAAAUUCUGAGUGUGGUUAUACAUGGAACAAUAUGAUUGUUAACUAUUAAAGAUGCCAUCCCAUGUGCUAGUCAUGUUAGAAUGAUAACAAGUUGCAGUCUUGUGUAGAUUGUAUAGAUAAUGCAUCAAAAGUAAAGGGAAAAUGUAGAUGUGAUAGUGGGUAUUAUUUCUCAUAUUAGCGAAAUUCUGGAGCAAAUUACCCAGGAUCUUGCGAAUAAUGUAACAGUAACUGUCAAACCUGUAAUGGACCAGAUUUUAGAUCCUGCACAUCUUGUUAAAAUGGUUAUGAUCUAAAAGAUGGUAAUACAUGUGUUUAUUGUUUAUAUUACAUUAAUGGAAAUUGUGGAGGUGACCAAUUACAAGAAUUUAUAGAUUUUUGCAAUGAUUUAGGUUAUAAUACCUACGAUAAUAUACAUUGUUCUUCCUGUACAGAUUCUAUUUCUGGAGGUUGCGGAGUCCCUUAAAUUUAGAGCUAAUGUUAAAAAUAAGGAUGGAUAGUCCUUGAUGAUGUUUAAUGCGUCAAUUGCUCUAAAUAUGUUAAAAAUUAAUGUGGAGGUGAUUAAGAUGAUGAUAUAGUUCAAAAAUGUAAGGAUUAAGGUUUCUUCAACUAUAACAGUAAAAGCUGUGCUUCCUGUCUUAACUUGGUUUCAGGCAAAUGUGGAAGGAAAGAAAUCUCAAGUAAGUGCUCUUCAUCUGGAUGGGUUUAAAAGGAUGAUAAUUAUUGUGUAAAAUGCUCUGUAUAUAAUGAUAAUUAGUGUGGCAAUGACAACUCACAAGACGCUAUAGACGCAUGCUUUUUAAAUGGAUUUUAUAAUUCAACACUUACUACUUGUACAACUUGUAAGAAUUCUAAUUCAAAUUCUGAUUAUUGUGGAGAAUCAAUUAUACAGAAAAGAUGUUAAAAAGCUGGGUGGGUUAAAAUUGAUUCUAAAUCCUGUAUGAAUUGCGUCAUUUUGAAUCCUAAUACAAAUUAAUGCGGUAACAACGAAAAUUAGAAAUCUAUUAAUGAAUGCAUAGAUAGAGGUUAUUAUUAAUUAAAUGAAAAUAAGUGCACUACUUGUCAAGAUACUUACUAAUCAGCUUAGUGUGGUGUUAUUAAUAUUGCAGUUUAAUGUUAUAAUGUUGGCUGGGAUUUAUAAAAUUCAGAUAGUUGCAUUAACUGUAACCCAAAAUCCUUGACAUUUCAUCAAUGUUAGUGUUAUAGCACUUGUUAAACAUGCACCCGAUAUUUUAAUUAAUUUGCUUGCACUAGCUGUAAAAGUGGUUACUAUUUAUAUUAAACUUAAUGUCUGUAAAAAUGUCCAAAUGGUUAUUAAGAAAAAAAAAAUGAAUGUGUUCCUUGCUCUUCAAGUGGCAACUGUACCUAUUGUUAUGGCACUUGCUUGACUUGUAGCUCAGGCUCUGAUACAAGUAAUCCUAUAUCUUGCACUUCAUGCUCAGCUACAAGAAAGGUUUUAUCAGGUUAGUGCGUUUGCUAAGAUAGUGAGGAUACUAGGUAAUCAAAUAUUAAUUGUAGCUAUUAAAAAGUUGCUGUUUUAGAUGCAAUUUUAUCAAAUUCGGAUCCUGUUUUAGGAAUAAAUUUUGGAAAAGUUCUAAAUGUACCAUAAUCAUUUUAGAAAAAUCAGUACUCCAUGGCUCUUUGCUAAUAUCUUUUAACAAAUGUGACAUUGCCAUUGCUUGGAAGUGAUUCUGCAUGUGCAAUAUCAGGAAAAUCCAUAUUUGUGAAUUUAGGGAAGACAUCAACUAUUUUCCAUGGCGACAAUCUAAUAUUUAAACCAGUUAUUUUGAGCUUUAAAACUUCAUCUAAUAUCCUUAUUUAAACAUACUUAAAUACUAAUGUAGUUUAAGAUCCAAUAAUAGGAGAAUCUAAAGUAAUAUUUUAAUAUCAAAGCCUUUAUAAUUCAUGCAGCAAUAUAAAAAUAACAUUUAAAUCAAUAUAAAACGCUGCUAAUAGAGGUUUUUUAUCUUUUAAAUGGAUAUUAGUUUCAUAAUCACCAUAAGAUAAUAAAAAUUAAAAGCAACUGAUUGAAAAUUAUUUGCAGAAUUGUAAUUCUUAAAAAAUUUUAAAUCUAGAAUUUUAAUAAGGGUUUUUAGUUCCAGGAUCGUAAAUAACUAUAAUGUUUUAAUAUUAACUAUUAGCAAAUGUGAAAUCAACUGAAAUAAUUAGUUUUUCUACAGUAUAAUAAAAAUUCAUCGAUCUGUAUAGUAGGUCUACUUUUUCCUUGCCUUUUUAUAUUUAUAGUCAUGGUGUAAUUCAGCUAACAACUUAAACUAAAUAUUGCACAGCUACCUAAUAAGUUAUGUAGGUCGAACCUAUAUAUUUAUAAAUAACAUGUGAUAAGUUGUACUCAUUAAACUAUACAAAUUCAUCAUAUAACGAUUCGCAUUAUAUAAUUACUCUUCAGCCUUACAGCUUACCUAUUACAGAUAUUUCUAUUUAGGUGUUUGCUUACUUAAUUUCUGAUCCAAAUAUUAAUGCGACUUCUACCAAAAAAAUCACAGUGACAUAGUCUUAAUUGGAUGUAUAGAUAUUUGGCGGAGGUGGAUUUUAUGAUACAACAAAAAAUAUUACUAUAAAUGGUAAUGUAAGAGAUUUGGAUAUCAAAGAUGUUAAUUAACCUUAAGGUAUAACAGCUGUUUGGGAGUGCUAUGACUUAGCUUUAGACAGUAAUUGCUAAGAUUAAAACGGCAAUGUCCUAAAGUUUUAAUAAAAUGCAUUAUCUAUAUAAUUUAUGGCAUAUACAUUUAAAUCAUAUACCUUGUUAAAAUUAGUUUUAACAGGUACAAAACCAGUAAAUAGAACUUCUUCCGAUGUUUAAAUGCUCUUGCUAUCAGAUCUAGAACUACCACCUCUUCAAGUUCAUAUUGAUUUACUUAAUCCGUCUUCAAAAAGCGUCAAUGCUAAUUAAGAUAUAUUAGCUCAAAUUGACUAUCCUAAUGUAAAAAAUAUUGAUAUACUUUCAUUUUCAGGAGCAAUCUUAUAUAAUGAUAAUAUAGUUGGUGUACUCUAGUUUGGAUAUACAAGCUUGAAAUUUCAAAUAUGGAAUUAUUUUAACUCAUUUAAUAUUAGUAACAAUUAAAUUUAGCUAAGAUUUACUGUCUUUAACCCAUUGUAUGUAAUGCCCAGUAUGUACACAAUACAGCUUUAAGUAAAUUUACCUCCAUCAUACUGCAAUUUUUCAGUUACGCCUUAAAUUGGUCUGGCUAUAAAUACCAUAUUUUUUCUUUAAAUGGAAAAUUGUGUUGAUGCAAAUGAGCCUAUCACAUAUCAGUUUUUUUAUUAUUUAAGUGAAAAAGACUUUGAAUUCGAAAAAUAGAACCCAAAUUAAGUUAUGCGUCGCUAGCUAUGUGAUCCGACUUAGUAGCACCUUCUUAGCUCAAGACUUCCUUAGGGUAAUAUUACUCUGCUGGCAUAAGCUAUUAAUUCCUAAUAAGCUAUUUCUAAUUUAACGUUGAGUGUAAAAGUAGAAUUACUUUCGUUAAGUGAAUAAAAUUACAUUGAUUUAAUUUAAAAUUAUACAGAAUAAGUAAAGAAAUUAUCACCUUCUGAUACAAUAUCUGAAUUAUCUAUACUGUGUGAUUAAUUUGCAAUAAAUACUUAAUAUAAAUAAAACGCUAAAAUAAACUCUUUAAAAGUGGAUAUUUUAUAAUAACUAAUAAUUAUGUAGUAAUAAAUAUCAGAAAUAUCCCUUUUUUAGACAGUAGUGAGUAAAUCGAUAGCAUCUCUAUUAUAAUCAGGGAUAACAUUUACUGAAAAAGAAUAAAAUAAUCUAUUUGAUUUUAUAAUAAAUAAUCUAGAAUCAUCUUCUUAGCUGAAUAGUACAUUUCUUGAUAUUUCAAAAUAAAGAUUGUAGUAAAUUUUAUUUGAUUCUCAUUAAAUCUUAAAUUAUAUUUAUCUGAGCAAAUAAAUAUCAAAUAAUGAAUCAAUAGUCCUGGCCAUUUAAAAAAUAAAUAAUUAUCUUUAAAUUAAUUCUAUUCCAAAUCAAGAUCCAGUUUCAUUUUAAGGGCAAUAUAUAAAUAUUACUUCCAAAUAAGUUACAUAAAAAUAUUUAUGUUCUAACUUCAUUUGUGAUAAUCAAAGUUUAGAAAAUGCUACAGAUACUAAACUAUAUAAUUUCUCAAUAGUAGCCUAUAAGCAGAAUCCAUUUUCAUUAGUAGCUUCAUUUGCUAAUUAUACAUCAGAAUUAGUUAAAAACAAGAUAAAUUAUUCAAAUUUUUCUAUUUAAACACCACAUAUCAGCAUUAAAAAUAAUAAAAUAGAAAAAAUUUCAUAAUAGGCUAGGCUGGAAUUUGAGAAUAAAGUUGCAAAUAAAUCAAGAAUUUCAAAUUUAAUGUGUGUGUCUUUAGGUUCAGAUAAUAGUAUGAAUAAAAAAAAUUGUCAAAGUGUUUUUAAAAGUUCAUCUAACUCUUUUUAAUGCAUUUGUGAAGAAUUAUUGCCAACAACUAUUAUUGAAAAUUUAGAUAGCUUGAUAGCAAAUAGUAAUUUAGAAACAGCAUUUAGUAGUGAUGGAUUAUAUAAUAUUGAGCAUUUCAAAACAUUUUAUGAGUAUUAUAUAGUAUGGGUAAUGUUUAUUGCAACCUUACUUUUUAUUAUCUUUUACUUAAAAGGUUUAUCCUUAGAUUCUAAGUAAAAAAAAUAAUCUGCUAAUUAAAAGCAAAAAUAAAUCAAUAAAGUGGUACCAUAGCAAAUAGAAGGUAUACCUAUACCUGAUACUCCCUUAAUUAAUUCUGGAAUGAUGGAUCAAGCUAGUAAAAGAUUAAUGAUAAGCAAUUUGAAUAUUUUAGAAGAUCGUAAAAAUAAUGAAAAUAACCCUGAUAGCUAAUUUUAAAUGUUAGAGAGAUAAAUCUAAACUCCUUAAAGUUCAGUCAUGAGAAUUUCUGAUGCCUAAUUGUUCAAUCCAACAACUAUGAAACUUACUAAAUAAGGAUUUAAAUACAGUAAAACUAGUAUUUUUAGCAUCAUAAGUCGCUCUCGUCUACAACAGAGCACAGAUCAAAAGUAAGUAGAAAAUAAUGCUCAACCUAAUGAAUUAGAAGAUUAAUAAGAAAAUAAUAGUUAUGUAGAUGAAUAAUCUGCAUAAAGAUAUGCUAAACCACUUGAUAAAUUAAAUAUAAAUUAACAGCUCUAAAAUAAAGAUUUUUAAAUGAGUAAAUAUGAAGAUCAAAAUGUUAAUAACAAAGAUUAUUUAAAAAAGAGUUAGUUUACUCCAAACAAUCUAAAGUAAGGUUUAAAUGAAAAUUAAAAAGCUAAUCCUUUAAGCAUAUUUGAUAUAAAUGCCUAAGGAAAUAGCAAUAAAUCAGAUAAUAAAGAUAUUAAUAACAAUGAUAACGAUGAAAGAAAUAAUAAACUAUAACAUUUUUAUCAAAAUUUUUAAAAAUAUUCAUUCAUUGCUUAAAUUAUGAUAUUCCAUAAUUUCUUUAGCAUCUUUUUAAUUUUUAAUCCAAAUAUUAGUCGCUCUUUAAGAUUUUUAAUAUUUUAUGUAAGAGUGGUUCACUCAUUAGCUAUAUCUGUUACUUUUGAUAAGUAAUAUAACUUUGAAUAAAACAUCAUGCUAGCUCUAAUUAAUUCUAUAUUAAUUUCAGCAGUUAUUAAAUUAGUAAUGAUUUUAUAUGGUUCAAGAUUUUUAGUUUUUAGACUGAUUGGUAAGCUAUUCACCUUGACAGUUCUUUUAACAUAUUAUUAUAUAAUUUUAUCAAUUGUUAGCGGCGAGACAAAAGAAUAUUCAAACAAAGCUAUUUUAACUUUCAUGCUAUAUUUGUUUAUGGAUUUGUUGUUGAUCUCAAUGAUCUCUGCUAUAAUUCAAAAAUAUGUAGCAGGUUUCCUUCUUCGUACAUAGAAAGAAUAGUUAACUGGAUGUAAGCUACUAUUAUACAGAUUAUUUGAAUUACAGCUUAUUAUUCUCAAAUUUUAAAAUGAUGAAGAAUGA